AUGUCAUUAGUGUUAGGAGUCCGGAGGGACGGGGCCGAGCUGCCUCUGGUGAACAAGUCCAUGAUGUACCUUCACCACCGCCAUCAUAAGUCGGCUCGAGAUCCUCCAGUCCCAUCGCCAGGUCUAGCUGUUAAAUUCCAUGUGGACAAAUACAGUAUGGCCAUCAUUUUGAAUGGGGAUGUUUCAUUUGAACUUCAUCUUCUGUUUGUUCAAUCUCGCAAAUUGAAGUAUGGUUGUGGUUCAUUUUCACCAGCUUCCACAUCCUUCUGUAGAGAGGGGCAGAUGCCUGAAAUGGACGUAUACAAGCUGGAUUGGAUCCAAACUUGGAGCGUCCAAUAUGGUUCUUCUGCAACAUUCACUUUCAUAAACAGAUGUGACUUCACAGUUUGGCCCGGCAUACUCGCAAACGCUGGCGGGCCCAAGCUCGACAGCACCGGCUUCGAGUUACCGCAGGGGAAAUCCCGAACCUUCCAGGCUCCGGCAGGCUGGUCGGGAAGGUUCUGGGGCCGAACAGGGUGCAAGUUCGACGGACCGGUUCGGGGUCGUGUACCACCGGCGACUGCGGCUCCGGCAAGAGCCGCUCCACCAGUGACGCUGGCAGAGUUCACGCUGGGAACAGGCGGCGGGCAGGACUUCUACGACGUGAGCUUGGUGGAUGGAUACAAUUUGCCGGUGGAAGUGGAGGCGAAGGGCGGAUCGGGCGGAUGCGGUUCGGCCGGUUGUGUGGCGGACCUAAACCGGCGGUGCCCGUCGGAGUUGAAGGCGGCCAACGGCGACGCCUGCAAAAGCGCGUGCGAGGCCUUUGGGAGCGAGGAAUACUGCUGUAGCGGCGGUACAGCACACCAGACAAGUGUAAGCCGUCGGAGUACUCGCAGAUAUUCAAAGAGGCCUGUCCGACUUCUUAUAGCUACGCGUACGAUGACCCUACGAGUACGUUUACGUGUACUGGCGCUGGUUACACGAUUACUUUUUGUCCCUCAAGAACAAGGGAUGGACUUUCAAGAAAUUAAGGCAGAACACCAUUUUGAUUUGACUGGAGGGAAGGCAUAA